CGCUCACCCACCUUUCCCCUCCUACCCCUCCUCAGGAAGGCCUGCCAGCCCUGAGAUGAUGAAGACCAGACGAAAAAGCAAGGCAGCAGCUGCUGCCGCGGCCGAGGCAGCCGCUACCCAGGAGAACUCGACGAGGGAGAACUCUCCCGCACCUACUCCAGCCACACACGAUGCUACCAUGACCGUCGUCGUUCCAGACGACGUUGACAUCAAUGUUCUCUCUGGCUUGUUGCCGGAGAUUGACCUGCAGAUGCCCUCACCAGACGCGAUCGUCGCUCUGUAUCGCCUCGUGGCCGCCCAGGCUUCCGAUAAUGACGCCACUCAGCGGGAGCUCGAGGAGGCUCGUGCUGACAUUGACCGCAAGAAUGUAGAGCUUGAGCAGGCGUUGCAGGACAAGGAGUCUGCGAGUGCCGAACUUGAGAGUACCCUCGACUCUGUGCGAAGGGAACUUGAGCAGGUCAAACGAGAGAAAGACGAACUUGCCGCCUCCCGUGCUUCUCUGCAAGCUCAGAUUUCUACGCUAUCGACUACGCAGUCGACCUCCUCUGUGGAGGUUGAGACGUUGAAACACCGGAUCGAAGACGCGGGACGGGAGAAGCGGGACCUCGUCACUGUUGUUAGCAGGCUUAAGGAUGACAGCGCACAGCGCGAAGAGGAAAUCCAGACCCUUCGCACCAACCUCAAGCAAGCAAGGCAAGAACACCAGACAUUGGAGAGUCAAGUGCGCGAACUACGUUCGGCGGAGACUGCCACCAAGUUCAAGGUCGACUCGCUCAACCAGCAGCUGCAACUAUCUCAAGAACACGCCGAGCGGACGUCCAACGACCUCAACGUCAAGGUCGAGGAGUUCGCCCAGUACCGUCGCACGAAGCAUGCCGAGUUCGCGCAGCUGCAGGCCUCGCACGACUCGCUCCUCCAGAGAAACGAUGUCACGACGAGCCAGCUCAAGGCACUCCAGUCCGCGCAUUCCGCGCAGUCUCACCAGCUCACGCAGGCACUCGCGAGGGUGCAAAUGCUUCAGGGCCAGCUCGCAGAACAGGAGGCUACCUUCUCCGGUGAGGCCGCUAGCCUGAAGAGACUCGUGGAGAUGAUGGAAGCGCGCGAGGCUCAGGCCAAGGCUAUCGUUGAGGGCAUCGAGCAGGAUUACGCAGGCAUCAACGAGCGCGCGGGCCGACGGGAGGCAGCGCUGAAGGACGAGAUUGAGGAGCAACGCCAGCGCGCGGAGCAGGCGGAGAGGCGGAUGGAGGAGCUUGAGGCGGUCAUGGAGCGGCUGGACAGAGGCGAGUUCCCCAUGCCGUCGUUCAGCUCGGAGGCGCUGCAGGGCACACCGCGUACGCCUGCUCGCACGCCGGGCACGCCGUCGAUGAUGAAUGGCACGCCGGACUUCCUCUCGCAGAGCAUGAUGGGCCUGAGCCCGACGGUCGCGAUGGCGAGUCGGGUGCAGAGGAAUGGGAAGACGUUCACGGAGGUCUAUGCCGACUAUGUCCGGUUGCAAGAGGACUACGCUCGGAAGUCGGCGGAGUUCGACAACAUGGAUCGGACGCUAUCUGCUGUCCUGGCGCAGAUCGAGGAGAGGGCACCUAUCUUGUCCCAGCAACGCGCAGAGUACGAACGUCUGCAGCAAGAAGCUACACAACUCGCGUCGCAGCUUUCGCAAGCACUCAAUGAGCGCGACUCGUAUGCCCAGUCUUCCGAGGAGAACGCGCAGAAGCUCACGAAGAGCUCGCGCGAGAACGACCUUCUCCAGAAGCAACUCAAUGACCUCGGAAGACAGAUCCGUGUCCUGCUCAAGGAGCUCGGUCGCAACCAGGACCCCACUAUCCCGUCCGACGCGGAGCUCGGACUCGACGAGAACCCGAGACCCGCGGAGAACAUCGAGGAGGUCAUUACGAACCAUCUCGUCCUCUUCCGCUCGAUUCCUCAGCUCCAGGAGCAAAACCAGAAGUUGCUCAGGGUUGUCCGGGAUCUUGGUGCUAAGAUGGAAUCGGAGGAGAAGGAGUAUCGGGACGCUCUGGAGCGGGAACAGAGCGAAGCUGUCAGGGAGGCACACGAGGCGAUCAAGCAGCUUCAAGAGCAGCUCGAGAGCCAGGCCAAGAACAGCGAAGUGACUAUCCAGGCGUACAUGAAGGAGCGCGACUCGCUUAGGACCAUGCUCUCGCGGGAACGUUCCGGCCAACCGGCUGCCAUCCCUAAUGGGGAUGUCAACGACGAUUUGGAGAAGGAGCUUGCUGAGGUUCAGAGCCAGUUCGAGGCGUACAAGAACGAGAUGGGCGUGGACUCGGUCCAUGUGAGAGAUGAGGCAGUCUUGGCUCAGCGCGAAGCAAACCAGCUGCGUAUAUCCCUUGCUAAGGCGAACGCGAAGGUCGAGUUCCUCGACGAGCGUCACCGCAUGAUCCAAGAACAGUCCGUCGUACAGGGCCGCGAACUGGAUAGCCUCUCGAAGCGCAAUCAAGCUCUCUAUGACCAGUACAUGCGCAUCGACAUCGAGUGCAACCGUGUCUCGGAAGAUCUGCACAUUGCUAAUGGACAUGUUGAUCAGCUGCGCAAUGAGUGCGCUAACCUCCGUGCUGAGAAGAAGAUCUGGCAGACCAUUCAAGGCCGUCUGGAAGAGGAUAAUCGUGUCCUCAAGGUCGAACGCGCCCAUUUAUCAGAUCUUAUGCAGAACGUGCAGCAGAUGCACAGCGACCUGGAGCGCUCUGGCGAGAACGACCGUCGUCGAUUAGAGAGUCAGAUUCAAAUGCUCGAGAACCAGACUCAAGAUCUCCGGGCACAGCUGUUGGCGGAACGCGAAUCUCUCAGGCAUGUCUCUCUGCAGAAGGACAUUGAGGUCAAGGAGUUGCAAUCCCGCAUUGAGAAGACGACCCGCGAAAACCUUGUCGCAGCGGAGACAAGCAGGAAGCACCUCGAGGAGCGCGUUGAGGAGCUAACUAGGCAUCUACAUGGCAAUGAGGAGAAGCUUGCCGUGUAUGAGCGCCGUGCCCCCAGUGUCAAUGGCGUUCCCACUCAACGCAAUGGCGAAGACCUGACCCGGGAACAACAGCUGGAGGCAGAAGUUGCCGAUCUUCGUUCUGCCUUGAAGGUGGCUCAAGUGGAUCUGUCCACGGCGAGAAAUCAUGUCCAGCAGUUCCAAGAGAUCAGUCAAGCGAACGAGACUGCCUUGGCCACCUUGAACGCUAGCUACGAUGAAUACAAGUCUUCGACAGAGGCUGAGCUCACGAAACGUGCUUCCGAGUUCAAUGCCUUGCAAGCGCAGUUGCAGGCUGUGCAGCAGGAGCUCGGUCAGCUGUCACAGAAGAACGCGGACUACAGCGCACUUGGAGUCCGAACGACGCUCGAGGAUACUAUCAUCGACAUGAGCACGUCUGAGAGGAAUACCGAAAACGAUCGCGUCUCGCGCGAGACUGAUGUAAGGCAGCAAGAGGAGCGAGCACGGGCCGCUGAGGAGCGCUAUGCGAGUGAAGUGGUCGCUCACGCCGAAGCACUCAAGACGAUCACAGACCUCAAAGAUCAGCUCGCUAAGACUCGUGCCAUCGCUCGUGAAAACCAGACCGUGUCCGAGACCGCGCGAGCCAAGCUAGCAGCUUCUGAAUCGACUCUGGACAAGGAAAUUGCGGACCUCAACACUAGAUGCAAAGAACUCAACACUCAGAACACUCUACUCCAUCAGCAUCUUGAGUCUGUCAGCUCGCAAGCGGCGCGUAUCAGACAGGCUGCAGACACUUCGGAUCCUACGCCGGGUGAGGCAGAUGACACAGACGCCAAGGUUUCCGAAUUGCGUUCUGUCGUUGCGUACUUGCGCAGAGAGAAGGAGAUCGUCGAGCUACAGCUGGAGCUGAGCAAACAGGAGAAUGCACGGCUGAAGACCCAUGUCGAGCACUUAUCGCACAACCUGGAAGAGACCCGCAAGUCACUCUCCGAGGAACGUGAACGUGCUGUGGAGGCUGCUUCAUCAGAGGCUCAGCACGCCGAGCUUGUCGAGAGGAUCAAUCAACUCACCAUCCUGCGGGAAAGCAAUGCUACCCUCCGAGCCGAUUGUGAAUCGCAUGCAAAACGCGCUCGCGAGCUGGACGUCAAGCUGCGACAAUUGUCCUCAGAGCUGGAUCCCACGAAAGAACAGUUGCGUGUUACGCAAGCUGAGCUUGAAGCGAAGGAUCAACAAAUCUCGCGUUUGGAAGAUGAGAGUCGGAGAUGGAAAGAGCGUAAUUCACAGCUCCUUAGCAAGUACGACCGCAUUGAUCCUGCAGAGGUCCAGUCCCUCAAAGACGAGAUUGACCGUAUAAAGGCAGCCAAGGAAGACAUGGAGAACUCUGCGAAGGAGCGCGAUGAACGCUCAGUUCAGCUACAAGAGAAGCUCACUGCUGCAGAGGCGUCUAUUCGGCACUUGAAGGAUAUUGGUCAGAAGAACAACCAGAAGUACAGAGCAACCUUCGAGAGGUUCGACACGACGAAGGCACAGCUGAAUGCGCAGAUCACCGAGCUACAGACUGGGCUGGAGACUGUUACUGCUGAGAGAGACCAGUUAAAGGCUCAACCUCAGGAACAAGAAUUGACGCAACAGUUGGAAAUGCUACGCUCCGAGAAGGCUGCGCUUGAGAAGGCACUUGCAGACGAAAGAACUGCACACUCCAGUGCUGCGGCUCCUGUUGUCGCUUUGCAGACCACAAUCAGCGAGACAAGCUCUAGCAGAGAAGUCUACAUGGGCCCUCAGCCGCUGUCCAACGAGUCAGCGCAAGCACCGCCACAGUGGGAGAAAAAUUCCGGCCAGAUUCAGGACCUCUCAAAGGCUCGGGCGGCCGAUGGUGAACGAGCUGCCGCGCAACAACAGCCGCUGUCAAUGCCGCGGUCGAGAAGUUACACAACGAGUACAGAGCGCGCCACCCUCUACUCAUCGGACGAGAUUGUCGCUCGGCAUGCGCAGGAGCUGCGUGAUUUCCAGGAGGAGAUGAAGGCUGCUGUCGAGGCUGCGGCCGCUCGCGCAGGAUCUCUGGCCGCAUUGACACCGACUGCCGUCGAACGCGGCAGGAUGGAAGCUGCUGCCAAGGGCAAGCUGAAGGAUCACAGCUUGGAGCUCGAGGCGCAGAUACUUCACUGGAAGCAAAUAGGCGUCAUCAAGGAGACCACACCUACGGGUGCCAAACCCACGGCCGGUAGCUCUGCCGCACCCGCCACGGCCAAGCCCGCAGCUGGAGCCACCGCUACAGCACCUGCGUCCUCCGUUGCCUCCACCUCCGCAGCAGCAGCAACUGGCGCCAAGGCACUUCCCCGGAAGCCAUCGCUGAACGUCGCAGGUCAACCAGCACAAGCUGCCGGGGCCGGACGCGGAAGAGGAGGAGCCGCGCGUGGUGUGGUUCGCGGUGCUGCACAAGGUCUCUCGAUUAGAGGAACAGCGGCAGGUCGCGGUGCACCGGCUCAGCUACCCACGGGGACUGCAGCUGAGAGCAGUGGCGGCGUAGCCAUUAUGGGGGCAGCCAACAAACGUGCUCGGGAGGAAGGCGACGUGUCGUCAGGGGAAGAUUCUCUGGCGAAACGACUCAAGCCUGCUGACGGCGGCAGCAAACCCAUAACGUUACGCCGCGAUCGUGUGCCUCCACCCUCAUAGUACUCUGCGGACAAUCAGUUGCCUAUCUGCCUUGUAGCAUUGCAUUUCUGUCAACCCAUCGCAUCUUGUUAAGUUAUACACUUGUAUCAGUUGGAACUCAGUGUCGCGCAUUCAAUCAUCGCAUUGCAGUAGUGAAAGGGGUCGGACGUGCACCUGAAACUUGAUCGAUGAUCUCUCACAGGGCUUUCAUGCAAAAGUUCUUGCUCUCGAAUCAGUCGGUUCUGUUUGUUUUGUUUCGAGUCUCUGGUCAUACUGAGUACUCUGCGAUUGCUGGCCCCAACAUAGCCCUGAAGUUUUCUGUCGCAAAGUAUGUAGUAACUUCGGCGCAGCACGGUCGCUCUCAUCUGGCACUUAGCCGACAACGCUUUCAGGAACCCUCUAGCGGUAGUCACUAGUCGCAUUUGGAGCAUAAUAGAAGUUGC